AUAUCACUCAAAUGUACACAGCCCCCUCGCUGCUGACAUGCGCGUGAAAUAUUUAUCCAUCGCGCUGGAAGCCGCAGAUUGUGUGCCGCCAUUUACUCGUCUCGCGCACAUCCCAUUUCACACCUUUCUCGACAACGACAACAGCUGCGUGGCUAGACGGGUUUAAUAAGAAGAAUAAUAAAAAGAGAGAAUAGGUAGUUUUAUAAGCAGCAGCGACGAUGAGUAUCCGUUUCCAGAAUAUACAGGUGCAGCAGUUCGUUGAGCGGUUCAAGACGGACUCGACGCUCCUCCGCUCAAAAGUGGGCGCGAUCCGCCCAGCCGGCGAGUUCUUCGACUUCAAGCGCGUCUCCAAGCCCAACAACAUGGGCGAAGUCCAGAGCCGCGUGUCCUUCAACCUGACCUACUUCUCGGCAAAUUACCUCGUUGUCUUUGCCAUGCUCUCGGUCUACAGUCUGCUCACAAACAUGCUGCUGCUGUUUGUCCUGAUCUUUGUUACUGCUGGUCUUUAUGGUAUAAACUACUUGAAGGGACAGGACCUGAACUUGGGUUUUACGCGUCUGACUACGUCUCAACUCUAUGUCGGUCUCUUGAUCAUCGCUCUCCCUCUCGGCAUUCUAGCCUCCCCCUUCUCGACCAUCCUCUGGCUCCUCGGCGCCUCCUGCGUCGCCAUUCUCGGCCACGCCGCCAUCCUCGACAAGCCCAUUGAGUCUGCUUUUUCCGAAUCAGCCGUCUAGACCGGGGAACUAAUGGAGCGGCAGGUCCAGGCGGUCUCUCCGGCAGCAGCAGCAAUCAAAGUCGUUAUUACCAGAACCAGUAUGCUGCUGGGGAAUUGCCGGUCUUGCCGGGUGGGUCUAGACGGAUGAAUAGGGAGGUGGGCGGAAGAAGUAAUCAAAGUAAUAUC